GCUCUUUGAAAGAUACUCUACGGUCGUACUAUCGAUUUAUUAUUUUAUUCAACUGUCUCCGUUCUCGUCAGAGAAUUAUUUAAACAUUUAUUGUUGAGAUUUUAUCAAUGACUGCAAUACUUCAUUUUAUUGUUUUCGUCUGGUAGUUCUGUGCUAUCCACACAGAACAAUAUAUUACUAUCCAUCACAUAAUAUAGUGAAUGACGAGAUAUUACAGUUAAUAAAAAAAUAAAAAUUCACAAUGCAGAGUGAUAAAGAAGAAUACCGUUCUGUUUGCGAUAUUUUGGAUAAGCUUAUAGUGAAACAGAUUCAUUUGAUGGAAGAAAAAAUGUGCUCAGAGUUGAAUAUUGAGUCUUGCAUAAAUAAUGGAAGUAUCCAUCUUGCUAAAUCAAGAUAUAUUAUGGGUCAAAACUCUGUAAGCACAAGUAAACUUCCAGUGGAGAACAGUCCUGAGUUUUCAGCUUCAACAAUAUGUGAAGGUAUAGAAGAAGAUGGAUUAACACAAUUUAAAGUUGCGGAGAGUAAUGCUGAAAAUACUGUUAAUCCACUACAUUGGUUUGGUAUUUUAGUUCCCCAAAACAUGCACAAAGCGAAAAAUAUAUUCCAAAACAGUAUUAAUUUUGUUGUUGAAUGUGUUAAUAUUCAAGUGCAACUUAUUGAGAAUGUGAAAAACAUAGUUAUCCUAAAAAAGUACAAGAGCAUGUUGAAUCCAUGAAAUUUUUAUCAUGAUAAUUUUUUGUUUUACAAUAGCAUUAGUUUUAAAUGUUGAAGGAAUUAGUUAUGUAUUUAUAUUUGAGAAAUCCUAAGAGUGAUUACAGAAUAGGGAUAGGAUCAAUUUGAUAAAAAACAACCUUUCAAUUGUUUACUAAAAUUUAUUCAGUAUUGUUUCAACAUAGUUGCCAGCUUGUUAUAUAAUGGAUAUUAUUAAGUCAUGUAUUGAAUACUAAAGUAAUUUUUUAUAGAAAUAAUUUUUGUAAUUAAUUUUGUUUUAUUAUGAUUAAGUUAUAUAGUGGGUUUACCAUUUACUUAUUUAAGUUAAAUCUUCUGAUUCUUCAACAUUUAUUAUUGGCUAUUAUCCCAUUAUUAAUCGUAAUAUUAUAUUUACCUAAAGCAAGAUGACAUACAAAAUGAUAUUUCUGUAAUCAAUGAUUAUUGAGAAUAGGUAAUGGAACAACUUUCAGAAACAUUGUAGUUUAAAAUGCUUAUUCCCACAAACUUUUAACCAUUUUAAAAAACUGUAUAAAGGGUAUUCAAUAAAUCAAUUG